UGCGCUGAGAGUGGUAUUUUGAUAAAAAGAAAUCGCCCCGAGAGCAGCAGGAACGAUGACGUCAUCAGGAGAGAUUUACAUUGUCUCGGCAGCCAGAACACCGAUCGGAAACUUCCUAGGUGCUCUGUCGUCCCUCAGCGCCGCUGAACUGGGAGCCGUUGCCGUCAAGGAGGUCCUACAUCGGGCCAACGUCGCCCCGGCGGAUGUGGAUGAAGUCAUCCUGGGUCAGGCGCUGGCUGCCGGCCAAGGCCAGAACCCGGCGCGCCAGGCUUCAAUGAAGGCUGGCAUUCCGAAGGAAGUUCCGGCCUACCUAAUCAAUAUGCUGUGCGGUUCGGGUCUGAAGACGGUUUCCCUGGGCUACCAGGCGAUCCGCUCCGGGGAUGCAAGCGUGGUCGUUGCCGGUGGACAGGAAUGCAUGUCCAAAUCUCCUCACGUGCUGCAUUUGCGCAACGGCACCAAAAUGGGUGAGGCCAAAAUGGUGGACACCAUGCUUUGCGAUGGCUUGACGGACGCCUUCUACGAUCUGCACAUGGGUGUGACUGCCGAGAAUUUGGCCAAGGAGUUUGAAAUCACCCGGGAACAACAGGAUGCUUUCGCAGCCAAGAGUCAACAGCUGGCCGAGGAAUCGCUGACUAAGGGUUACUUCAACGACGAGAUUGUGUCGGUGCAGAUUCCUAGUCGCAAGGAGACCAUUACCUUCGACAAGGAUGAAUAUCCUAAACACGGAACUACGGUGGAAGGAUUGGCCAAGCUGAGACCCUGCUUCAUCAAGGAUGGCACCGUAACGCCGGGGAAUGCUUCCGGAAUUAACGAUUCAGCGGCGGCAGUACUGCUGAUGUCCGGCGAGGAAGCCCAGAAGCGCGGUGCCAAGCCGCUGGCAAGGAUUGUUGCCUUCAGCCAAACGGGAAUCUGUCCGAAGACGAUGGGAGCCGGACCGAUCAGUGCGGUGCAUAAAGUCUUGGAAAAGGCUGGAUGGAAGUUGAAGGAUGUUGAUCUGUUCGAAUUGAACGAGGCAUUCGCAGCUCAAGCGUUGGCCGUCAACAAAGGGCUCGGUAUCAAUGCGGACAAAGUGAACAUUGGUGGUGGAGCUAUUGCACUCGGACAUCCGAUUGGCGCUUCCGGUUGCCGCGUGCUGGUCACCCUGUUGUAUGCCUUGAAGAGAACCGGCGGCAAGAAGGGCGUAGCCUCGCUGUGCGUCGGCGGUGGAAUGGGAGUUGCAAUGGCUGUCGAAAUGGUUUGAAACCAUUGAAUGGCCUUAAAACUGUUUUUCUUACGCUGAAGAAGCGUUGUUGUUGUAGUGCAAAGUACUAGUAUUUUCAACUGCUCUUUUAUAACCUCAAAAGGAUUUCAAAGAAUGCGUUACUUAACUUAAAGUAUUUGCCGUUGCAUGUAUUGUUCUCGAAUCUAAAACCUUUACUUAGAUGAUAGUGACCAAGAGGGGACAGUGAACGACAAUAAAGUAACAUUUUGUACUUAA